CAAGUAAUUUGUUUUACUUGCAAAGAUGUCCGGUCGCGGCAAAGGCGGGAAGGGCCUGGGCAAGGGGGGCGCCAAGCGCCACCGCAAGGUGCUGCGCGACAACAUCCAGGGCAUCACCAAGCCCGCCAUCCGGCGGCUGGCCCGGCGCGGCGGCGUCAAGCGCAUCUCCGGGCUCAUCUACGAGGAGACCCGCGGGGUGCUCAAGGUGUUCCUGGAGAACGUGAUCCGGGACGCCGUCACCUACACGGAGCACGCCAAGCGCAAGACGGUCACGGCCAUGGACGUGGUCUACGCGCUCAAGCGCCAGGGCCGCACUCUCUACGGCUUCGGGGGCUAAAAUGAUCCAAGUCGCAAUAUCUCUCACACAAAAGGCCCUUCUAAGGGCCACCCACGAAAUCUGCUAAAGAGCUGUGGACUUUAAAAAUGCAUUUGCCGGAGCACCAACCAUGAGUGGGAUACGGGCAUUCAUUUGGCGUGUGAAAGUAGAAUGUGCCCAAAAUUAUGUGAACGUGUCCCUGUGCGCCUCCUUCCCCCAGCAUGUCCAAAAGUACCGAAACCCCCGGUGACUGGACUAGACACGUACUCCCCCUUUGAGUCUACUCUGUUAAAGACCGUUUUAAAAGCAGAACUAAGUUACCACGUGCUUAUUAAAGGUACAGCUGGCCAAACAGUGAAAUAAAAAGCUGAGUGAUUCUUAAGCUCUUUUAAAA